GUAACAGUGUGGUAUUCCCACAGCAGACACUCUCUCCGCUCAUCAGCCCCAAACCGAUUCUUUGCUUUGUCCGGACACUUAGACUUUCUGAGCUUUGCUCGAGCUUUGGAAUCUCCUUGUCACGCGACAGGGGUGGCGGUCAGUUACCGUCGGCUUUUCCCGCCCUGGCGAGCACACCGCAAUCCAUCCAACCCAGUGUUUCUUAACCAUAGAACAGGGGACUCCUGAUAGCCCUCCCCACGACAGCCAGGAAGCGCCUUCAAACACUUUGUCGAAAUGUCUAACAAAGGCUCCGCAUAUGGCCAGGCGGCCGGCGACACCGACUUCAGGAAAAAGUACGACCUGGACGAAUAUGCGGCCAAAGCCAAAGAGCGCGAAGCUGCCGAAAAGGAGGAGCGCAAGGCGCGAUGGGAGGCCAAAAUGGCGGGCAAGAAGUACUACAAGCCCAUGACCGGAGCCGAGACGCUCACGACGGCCCGCAACGCGACUCAAGACUUCAGUAAGCUCGUCGGGACGUCCACACUCGUGCCUGCGGGCGCGGGCGUGGGAAAGCGCGGGCGCGGCGCCGGUUUCUACUGCGAAGCUUGCGACCUGACAUUCAAGGACAACCUUCAAUGGGUGGAGCACAUCAAUAGCAUGCAGCAUCAGACCAACAUAGGGGCAACGGGCGAGGUGCGCAAGGCCACGGCGGAGGAGGUUCAUGCCCGCAUCGAAGCCCUAUGGCAGCGGGAGCAGGAACGCAAGAAGGAGCAGAUCAUCUCGCUGCAACAGAGAUUAGAAGUGCGCAAGGAGGAGGAAGAGAAGGAGAGGGAAGAGAAGCGCCGGAAACGCCGAGAAGCCGAGGAACGGAAGAGAUUGGAAAAGGAGGCGGCUGCCAAGGUCAAAACGGAAUACGGCGAAGAUGUCCGGAUCGAAGGCGAGCACGACGAAGACGACAUGAUGGCUGCCAUGGGAUUCACCGGCUUUGGCAGCACAGCUAAGAAAUGAAUCAUUACCUAGUCCAUGCUGUCCGUUGUUUAAGCUUCACUCUGAACGUGGGACUAAAGUGAUGGAGGAUUGGAGGGACCGGGAAAUGGAAGCAUGGAAUGGUCGGCAUUGCGUCCGAUCACUGCAACUGCCCCGCGCUCUAGGGCGGGACUCGCCGAAAAUUUUUGGAGGGGUAGCUCUGGCGGGGAUCUCGAUAGCGAAGACCUAAGAUCAACCCAUCGCUCAUCCUCACCCAGGUAUCGCCUUAUCUUCGACAAUCACAAAACUCAACGUAGCCAUCGCCCUCAGCAAGAUGCUGUACCUAGUCGGUCUCGGCCUCUCCGAUGAGACGGACAUUACCGUCAAAGGCCUCGAGGUUGUCAAGAAAGCAUCUCGGGUCUACCUCGAGGCUUACACCAGCAUCCUUCUCGUGGACCAGUCCGUUCUU